AUCCUCAAAGGCCUGCGUUCUGGUUUAGACUCUAGGGUAAGCACGAAUCAAUAAAAAGACUUGAAAAUAAACAUAUAAAUAAAAAAAUAAAACGCUAAAGAAAAUCACAAAAACGCCCAUCAAGAACUGUGUGUUCUUUUCUUUCUUUCUUUCAGUUUUAGCUGUGAAGGUCUCUCUUGUAGGCAAACUUACGCUACUUUUGAUUUCUCUGUGCGUGUAGAAAUCUAAGCAACAGAGCCCCGAAUCUUAUUGGGUUUCAGAUAGCUUUUGCAUUGCUGUCAUCAGUAUAGCAAAAAAUCAGCAGUGAAGAAAUUAUAUGAAACUGAUGCAACAGUGGUUAGUAUGUCUGAACUGAUUGAAGGUCUUCCAGACGCUGUUGCCAUCAGGUGCAUUGCACGGGUUCCCUUCUACCUCCAUCCCAAGUUAGAGGUUGUUUCUCGUUCAUGGCAAGCUGCUGUGCGUAGCACUGAGCUGUUUAAAGCCCGGCAGGAGGUUGGUUCAGCUGAGGAUCUGCUAUGCGUGUGUGCCUUUGAUCCUGAGAAUUUGUGGCAGCUUUAUGACCCUCUCCGAGACCUUUGGAUUACCCUUCCUGUUCUCCCUUCUAAGAUCAGGCACCUUGCGCACUUUGGUGUUGUCUGUAGUGCAGGAAAGCUAUUUGUGCUUGGUGGUGGUAGUGAUGCUGUUGACCCAUUAACUGGUGAUCAAGAUGGAAGCUUUGCAACAAAUGAAGUGUGGUCAUAUGAUCCUGUAUUACGAGAAUGGGCAGCACGUGCAUCUAUGCUGGUGCCCCGAGCAAUGUUUGCAUGCUGUGCUUUGAAUGGAAAAAUUGUUGUUGCUGGUGGUUUCACCAGCUGCCGAAAAUCAAUUUCUCAAGCAGAAAUGUAUGAUCCAGAGAAGGAUGUUUGGGUCCCGAUACCUGAUCUCCAUCGAACUCACAAUUCUGCAUGCUCUGGAGUAGUUAUGGGGGGGAAGUUGCAUGUCUUGCAUAGGGGCUUGUCAACAGUACAAGUUUUGGACAAUAUAGGGUCUGGGUGGACCGUUGAGGAUUAUGGCUGGCUCCAAGGUCCAAUGGCAGUUGUUCAUGAUGCUCUUUAUGUGAUGAGCCAUGGACUAAUUGUCAAGCAGGAAGGGAAAACCAGGAAAGUGGUAGUUUCAGCAUCUGAAUUCCGGAAAAGGAUUGGAUUUGCAAUGACAGGGUUAGGAGAUGAGAUGUAUGUGAUUGGAGGGGUGAUUGGCCCUGAUCGAUGGAAUUGGGAUAUCAAGCCAGUGUCUGAUGUUGAUAUCUUGACAGUUGGGGGUGAAAGACCAACAUGGCGCCAGGCAACUCCAAUGACACGGUGCCGAGGAACAAUCCGUGGUUGUGCACAGCUGAGAAUUUAAUCCUGUUUGUUCUUGUUGUUUCUUUUAUGUGAAAAGCGUGCCCUUGUUAAGGCAUCGGUUCCUUCCUACUGGAGACAAGGAAUGUAAAUCUUUCACUGGCUAUCCCGUUUUAUCCGUGAGCCAUAAUCUUUGCCUCUAUUUUCUGUUAGCUUAGGAGUUUUUGAGGGAAACUUCCAUUUGGAAGGCAAAGCUGAAUGUAUUGAAUCAGUUUUAACAGCAGCAGUGGUACAUGAAAUUUGUUUAGCAGCAUGCAUGACAAUUAACGAACCA